GUGAAGAGAUAUAGAAAAUGGGUGAACUUGAUCGAGGACGAACUCAUUGAGUUGGUUUUGCUACUUGGGACACAUGGUGUUUUUCCAAAUACAAAUUGGUUAGUCCUUUUGAUUUCUAAGUUAUGUAGAAGUGGGAAACUCAACCAAGCUUGCAAUUUGUUGCAUAAACCGCUGACACUGCAAGCGCCUCUUGAAGAUCCUCCUUUCAAUGCACUUUUGAUCGGUAUAGGGGGGCGUAGAGAAGUUAAAGGAAUGAUUCCAGUUGACUGAAAUGAAGGAGAGUGAUAUUAAGCAGAUGUUGUAACUUCGGGAUUCUUAUUAAACAAUUAUGUAAGUGGCUUAGUACUGGCGAUGCAAUGGAGGUGUACAACAAAAUCAGUGAAGGAAGAGGGAAUGAUGAUCUUUCAAUUGAGGCCGAUGUUGUAUAUAAUACUUUGAUUGAUGGACUUUGUAAAGUAGAGAGAGUUGAAGAAGCGCUGCAGUUGAUGGAACAGAUGAAGUCCACAAAGGGUUUGGCUCCUGAUAUGGUUACUUAUACUUGCUUGAUCAAUGGAUUUUGUAAAGUUGGAGAGAUUGAGAGAGGGAAGGAGCUGUUUGAUCGGAUGAUUGAAGAAGUGGUGUUGCCUGAUGUUGUAUCUCUUAAUAUAUUGGUGGAUGGCAUGUGCAAACAUGAGAGGAUCAAUAGUGCAAUUGUGCUCUUCAAUGACAUGCAGGGGAAUUGGGAAAAGAACUAAAGGGCAAUGCGGUUAC